GCAUACAACUUCUGUAUGAUAACCUUAUUUUGAAAGUUGAACUUUUUAUCAUUUUAUUUAUUUUGUAAUUGACCGCAGGCUGCGUCACAUAGUCAUAUAACUUUCAUAUGUGGCAUAGUUACUUUAUCAAAACGAUUUUAGUUCAGUUGUAGUGCGUUACAGUAAAAUGCAGCAAAGUAGUAUUUUAAGGUUAUACCGCAAUCCUGGUUGUACAGAUGCCAAAAAAUGUGAGAUUUUGAGUAAAUUACAAGCUGCCUGCACCAGUAUUGUUGACCUGGAAACCGAGGUAUGCUUUCAUGUAGAAAGCACAUCACCUUUAAGUCAGGAACAAAAGAAAAUUUUGAAAUGGGUACUACAAGAUCCGCUGUACCCAAAGAAUGUUUUCGAAAACAUCAAAUUGCAACCAAGUGAAGACCAAUUGCUAGUAGAGGUUGGCCCUAGAUUCAACUUCUCAACACCCAGCUCCUCCAAUGCUGUGUCAAUAUGCAAAAACCUUGGUUUAAGUACAAUCACCAGAGUUGAAGUUUCAAGGAGAUACCUAAUUAUAUUCAAAGAAGGAAGCACAAUUAACAAAGCAAUAGAAGAUAAUCUGGUGUCCCUUCUACAUGACCGUAUGACAGAAUGCAGAUACACGAAGGAGAAUAUACCUAAAAAGAGCUUCAAUGAAAAACUGGUAAAAAAAGAAGAUAUCAAAGAAGUUGAUGUACUAGGAAAAGGUGUACAGGCACUGGAAGAGAUUAACUCUGAACUUGGUUUGGCUUUUGAUGAUGCAGAUUUCCAAUAUUACACAAACUUAUUCAAAAAUGUCUUGAAGCGCAACCCAACAAAUGUAGAAUGCUUUGAUUUGGCUCAGUCAAAUAGUGAACAUAGUAGACACUGGUUUUUCAAAGGAAAAAUGAUUAUUGAUGGAGUUGAGCAUGAAGAAUCUUUAAUUGAUAUGAUUAUUGAUACUCAGAACCAUUCAAAUCCAAACAAUGUUAUCAAAUUUAGUGAUAAUAGUAGUGCUAUAAAGGGCUAUGUCCAUCGAAGUUUGAGACCUCUUUCAGCAGGUGCUGUUGGUGAAUUGAAGCAAGUCCCUACAGAAUCUCAUUUGAUCUUCACUGCAGAAACACAUAAUUUCCCUACUGGAGUGGCUCCUUUCAGUGGUGCCACUACAGGUACAGGUGGCAGGAUCAGGGAUGUACAAAGUGUAGGUAGAGGAGGGUACUGUAUAGCAGGCACUGCUGGCUACUCUGUUGGAAAUCUGCAAAUCCCAGGAUAUGAUUUACCAUGGGAAGACAAGUCCUUUGCUUACCCGCCAAAUUUUGCGGCACCUUUAGACAUCCUGAUACAAGCAAGUAAUGGUGCAUCUGAUUAUGGUAACAAAUUUGGUGAACCGCUUAUUUGCGGUUUCGUGCGAUCAUUUGGUCUGCAAGAUCCAUCAGGUGAUCGUAAAGAAUGGAUAAAACCGAUAAUGUUCAGUGGAGGCAUCGGUAGUAUGGAAGCUGAUAUGACAGAAAAAUUGAAGCCAGAAGUUGGAAAUCAGAUCGUGAAAAUAGGAGGACCUGUUUACAGGAUUGGAGUAGGUGGUGGAUCUGCCAGCUCUGUUGAAGUACAGGGUGAUAAUAAAGCUGAACUGGACUUCAAUGCUGUACAGAGAGGUGAUGCUGAAAUGGAACAGAAACUAAAUCGAGUAGUUAGAGCAUGCUUAGAACUAGGGAAAAAGAAUCCAAUUUUGAGUAUCCACGAUCAAGGAGCUGGUGGUAAUGGAAACGUACUCAAAGAACUGGUUGAACCUGUUGGAGGAAUCAUAUAUACAAAUCGGUUUGAACUAGGCGAUCCUACUAUUAAUGUGUUAGAACUAUGGGGGGCUGAAUAUCAGGAAAAUAACGCUCUAUUAUGUAAGAAGGAACAUGUAGAAUUGCUCAAGGAAAUAUGCAGGAGAGAAAGGUGUCCAAUAAGUGUGGUAGGAGAAGUUACGGGCACAGGAAGAGUGGUUUUAGCUUUGGAUGAAUCUGCUAAAGUAACGCCAUUCAAUCUAGAGUUGGAACAUGUUUUGGUCAAUGUAUAUAUUUCAGGUAAGAUGCCAAGAAAGGUGUUUAAACUUGAACGUAAAACACCGCUUUUGAAACCAAUCAAACUCCCUGAAGCUCUUUCGAUCUUCCAAAGUUUGGAACGCGUUUUACGACUGCCAUCGGUAGGAAGCAAACGCUACCUCACCAACAAAGUAGAUAGAUGUGUUACAGGAUUAAUAGCACAGCAGCAAUGUGUGGGACCAUUGCAUACACCUCUCGCUGACGUUGCUGUUACUGCCAUUUCACACUUUGGUUAUGAAGGCAUCGCUUCAUCCAUAGGUGAACAACCCAUCAAAGGCCUAGUGAACACAGCUGCAGGUGCCCGAAUGACGGUAGUCGAAGCCAUCAGCAACUUGGUGUUCGCGGGAAUCACCGAUUUGCGUGACGUCAAAUGCAGCGGUAACUGGAUGUGGGCGGCUAAGCUGCCUGGAGAAGGGGCGGCGCUGUAUGACGCUUGUACGGCCAUGUGCAAACUGAUGAAUAACAUCGGCGUGGCGGUAGAUGGUGGAAAGGAUUCGCUUAGUAUGGCGGCCAGAGUUGGACAAGAGACGGUGAGUGAUCACUUUGUUAAAGCUCCAGGAACUUUGGUUGUCUCCACAUAUGCCCCCUGUCCUGACGUAAGGAAAGUCGUGACUCCUGAUUUAAAAGCUCCAUCUAUGGGUACAACUGGAACACUGCUCUACGUAGACUUAUCUCAUGAUGCUCACAGGUUGGGAGGAUCUGCCUUAGCUCAGUGUUUUGGACAGCUUGGCGAUUUAUCUCCAGAUCUUCAUGACUCAAAAGACCUGGUGAAUGCAUUUGCAGCAACUCAACAGCUUGUCAAAGAUGGGUCUGUCCUUGCUGGGCAUGAUGUCAGUGAUGGUGGUUUGAUCGUUUGCCUUCUGGAGAUGUGCUUUGCUGGAAUCUGCGGUAUAGACGUUAACGUCAAACACCGACAAGGCAAACCCAUUCCUAUUCUAUUCUCCGAGGAAGCUGGUUGGGUCUUGGAAGUCCUUGAUAAGGAUGUUGAUCACUGUAUGAAUGUAUUCAAGCAACACAAAGCUCCAGUAUUCAAAAUAGGAAAAUCCGUCGACUACGGUAUCAAAUCCAAGGUAGCAAUAGCUGUAAACAAUGCAUGCCUAGAAAGUACUGUACUGCCUUUAAUGCGCAUGUGGGAAGAGACUAGCUACAAGUUAGAACUACGACAAACCAUCAAGGAGUGUGCAGAGUCGGAAUUCAAUUCUUUACGUACAAGGACUGGACCUAAAUAUGCCCUCACAUUUGAUCCUGAUGUUGAAAGGCCUCAAAGAACUCAAAUAAUCGAUGUAGCAGUAAUAAGAGAAGAGGGAACUAACGGAGAUAGAGAAAUGGCAGCAGCACUUGUUAGAGCAGGCUUCAAAGUAUGGGACAUCACCAUGCAAGAUCUUGUGACAGGACAAGCUAAUCUAGAUAGGUACCGAGGAGUUAUAUUCCCCGGUGGAUUCAGUUAUGCUGAUGUUCUCGGGUCCGCCAAGGGUUGGUCUGCCAGUAUCCUUUUCAACGAUCGCGUCAAACGUCAGUUCGCUCAUUUCUUUGCACGCCCCGACACCUUCAGCUUGGGUGUUUGCAAUGGAUGUCAACUGAUGGCCCUCAUUGGAUGGGUAGGCGCAGCUACCCCUGCAGAAGAUCACGAUAAAGAUGCUACUCCAGACGUUGUGCUAGAGCAUAAUCUCUCCGAAAGAUUUGAAUGCAGAUGGAGUACUGUCAAGAUUGAGAAGUCCAAGUCUAUUAUGCUCAAAGGAAUGGAAGGAUCAUCAUUUGGUGUUUGGGUAGCCCAUGGUGAAGGACGUUUUGCCUUCAGGUCCAAAUCCAUUUAUCGCCAGUUGGUGAAAGAAAACCUCGUCGCCUUACGUUAUGUGGAUGACAAUAACAAACCCACAGAAAUAUAUCCAAUGAACCCUAAUGGAAGCAUUGAAGGUUUGGCUGGCAUUUGUUCUCCCGACGGUAGGCACCUUGCUAUGAUGCCCCAUCCAGAAAGGUGUGAACAGAUGUUCCAAUGGCCAUACAUGCCUAGAGAUUGGUUGCAAUAUCAGAACAGCCCUUGGCAGAAGAUGUUCUCCAACGCAUAUGAGUGGUGUUGUAAUGUCAAAUUCCAUCCGGUUUAUUAUUGAGAUGCCUACAGUACACCAACGUGGUUGAGCAGAAUUUUGAUUUGUGUCUUGUGAUUAAGUUUGCAUUUUAUGCAGAAUCUUUCGUUUGACUUGACGCUCAGGUAUCCAUUAACUACUGCCAACUUUGACUACUGUAUACCUCAGAAUCUCAAUAAGUGUUAGGUGGAACUUUUUUAGACAUACAGGCGAUGUAGAUUUAUAAUUCGCCGUCUAGAAUUUCUCGACAAAUCUUAAUUCUGCUUUAAAUAACUUGACAAAAUAUUUGUUGCAUCUUAUAUAGAUAAUAGUUUAUAUUGUUACCAUAGAUUGCCUUCAAAUACUAAUAAGACUAUAGAUACAUAUAACUAGUAUUUGCAAGACUCGCAGUUAUUGAAUGUUGUUUUGAUAUAUUUUUAUAAACUCCUGUUAACAUUCUUAUUUAUGAGAAGUUCAAUAAAAGCGUUUGUGAU